AUGAACUUAUUUGAUGGUUUCGCAUUAUCUGUUCUUCUUCUGAUUAUUUUCUUAAAUGUAGGAAGUACGCUUUGUCAAAUACUAUUUGAAAAACUUGGAAAACCCUCAAAGUUAUUAUCAAUAUUUUCAAUCAAAACAAACUUUGAACGUCUGAUGAGGAGAAAUGAAUCUAAUUCUGCUAUUGGUUGUAUUGAUGCGCUGAAAGCAUUAUCUGCAUUUUGGAUAAUGUUUGGCCAUCGCUCACAACGUUUUGCUUUCUCCUACGAAGAGAACUCUCAGUGGUGGAGUUAUUUAUUGGGAAAGCUCAUGAAUCGAUAUGAAAAGGGUGUGAUAACAUUCUUCGUUUGUUCUGCAAUAUUGUUAACGAUUUCACUCUUGAGAGAUUUAGAUACGAAUAAUUUUCAUCCUGCCAUGAUUUAUAUCAACCGGUACUUGCGCUACUUUCCUUCAAUUGCAGUUCUUCUUAUCAUCUUCAGUAGCAAUUUGCCUCAAUUUCUUGUAUCAGGUCCAGAGAUUGGUGGAUUAAUUUAUAGGACAAAUCUAUGCCGCAAAGGAUGGUUGCCUUAUCUUACUCUUACUCAAAAUUAUUGUAAAGCUUUACAGUACUGCCUUUCCUACACGUGGUACCUAUCUACAGAUUUUCAGCUUUUUUAUUCAACACCACUGAUUGUUUAUUGCAUUUGGAAGUUGAAAGCAAAAUCUUUUGUUGUCUUUCCAAUGUUAAUCGUUUUGCUACAAGUGUUCAAAUACUAUAGGAUGUUCAUAUCGGUAGAUGAUAAUAUUAGUCUGUAUGUUUCCACAGAAUAUCGUCUUGGACAGUAUAUGAUAGGAAUUUUGACAGGAUAUAUUAUCUACGAUCGCAAUGAUCUUAAGUUCAGAGCAUCUAAUUGUCGAUUCNAUAGCAAUUUGCCUCAAUUUCUUGUAUCAGGUCCAGAGAUUGGAGGAUUAAUUUAUAGGACAAAUCUAUGCCGCGAAGGAUGGUUGCCUUAUCUUACUCUUACUCAAAAUUAUUGUAAAGCUUUUCAAUACUGCCUUUCCUACACGUGGUAUCUAUCUACAGAUUUUCAGCUUUUUUAUUCAACACCACUGAUUGUUUAUUGCAUUUGGAAACUGAAAGCAAAAGCUUUCGUUGUCUUUCCAAUGUUAAUCGUGUUGCUACAAGUGUUCAAAUACUAUAGAAUGUUCAUAUCGGUAGAUGAUCGUAACAGUCUGUAUGAACAUACAGAAUAUCGUCUUGGACAGUAUAUGAUAGGAAUUUUGACAGGAUAUAUUAUCUACGAUCGCAAUGAUCUUAAGUUCAGAGCAUCUAAUGUAAAGAUUGCCAUUGCUUGGAUUUUGACAACUUUUUUCUUCUGUGACACAUUUUUCAAUUUUAAAUUACCCAAUAUUUUGCCACUUGAUCGCAUUUACAAAGUUAUCAAAGACGAUCUGUGGUCUUGUUCAAUUUGUUGGAUUGUUUUUGCUUGUCAUUGUCUUAAAUCUGGUGGAAUUUUUCGUUCAUUUCUCUCACAUUAUUCAUGGCAACCACUAUCUAGAAUGUGUUUGUGUAUUUAUUUGGUUCAUUAUCAAUACGUUGUGUUGACUAAUAUAAAUCAAAAGCAAAACAUUUCUUACGGAAAGUGGUGGAAACUUCAUAUUCAAUUGGGAGAUGUUAUGAUGUGUACAAUAAUAAGCGCUGUUUUCCACCUUUUUGUUGAAGCACCAGGAAUUCAAUUGGUGAGCCUCUUAUGGAGACGCCAGAAAAGAAGCUAUCAAAACAUAAAGAAUUUACCUGAAAGCCAUGAAUAA